GCUCACUCAAUGUGGUUCACUACUCACUAUAUUAGUAUACAAAACCAAAAGCACAAAGGAAAAGUGAUAAGAAGGCCUUGAAUGUGAAUUGGCGUGUGCAGCUCAACUAUCUUUAAAAGGAACAUUCUUUCCUUUUGUGUGGUCUCCCACAUGAAAAUCCUGCACAUCACUUCCCAAUAACAAAGUGUUUAUUUUUUCAUUAUUAUUGUUCCCUUUGUAAUGUAGUCACAUAACAUUUAUUCAUGCACUAAAUUUCCUUUAAUCCCUUAUUUACUAUCACCAUGGCCAUGAACUUGCAGGAAACAAACUCCUUCACACUUCAUUCCAAUUCUACAUUGGAAGAUAUUCUGAUUGAGAAGCUACUCCUGAGCCAUGACCCAGAUGACCGCCGUCUUGACUCGGAUCAGCUGCUUCAUGCCAUGGAGAAUAUCAUGUUUUAUGCUACUAUAUCAGAAAUUUCUGAUCUAGAUUUCAUUGACAAUGAUGAGGGGAAAAUCACAGACAUUGAAGCUUUUGGAUUCAAAGAAACUCUUUCACAUCUCAUUAACAAGAUCUCACAUGAGAUACUAUGCAAGUGUUCUGGUGAAGGAAGUCUACAUGAAAAGACUAUGAUCUUGUUCGAUUUGCUCGGAAAUUACAGAUGGGAUGCUAAAGCAGUUAUAGUUCUUGCAACUUUUGUAAAAAGCUAUGGUGAAUUUUGGCUCUUAAUGCAGAUAUAUCCAAGAAACACAUUGGCAUUAUCAGUUGCAAUGCUUAAGCAGUUGCCAAGCGAUUUGAGCGCCUUCACUCGCCAAUUUAAGGCCUUAAGCUUGCUGAUGAAGACAGUUAUAGAUUUAACCAAGUGUGUAAUCAAAUAUGAAUCCUUGCCACUUUCACAAGUAAAGUUGGAUAAGGAGAACAAGUCUAUUACUCAGUAUAACAUCUACUUAGCUGUUUAUUGGAUCAUCAGAAGCAUCUUGACAUGUUCUUUUCAAGUCUCAGCUUUGAAAGCCAUGACACCUGUGCAAUACUCAGAUUCAACAACAAUUGCAACAUGGGAGCUCUCAAGUCUGGUCAAUAGACUGAAAGGCAUGUACAAUAACCUCAACCAUCAGGUGGAGGAAUGCAGUAAACAAACAGAGUCACAGCUGUAUCAAAGUCUGCUGAAUAAUUUUAAUGAGGAACACAAUGAAAACCAAGAAGUGCUUCAAAUAUUAUUUGCCACCAGAGAUAACUAUCCACUACUAGACUGCUCCACACAAGUAAAGCUUGGUUUGCCAGAACUUAAAAACAAGGUGGUCUUACUUCUGAUCACAAAGCCAGAGCUUUUACCUAUAGAAGAGUUACUCUUAUUGGUUCAGCAAACAUGUGAUAAUCCUUACAACGAAAUACUAGAGGAAAGUUAUGAAAUUGUGUGGAUUCCAAUUCCAGAUUCUAAUUCUUGGACUGAUGCUGAGAAGAGAAGUUUCAGAGUUCUGUCACAGUCUAUUCCUUGGUGGUCAAUAAAGCAGCCAUGGUCACUCAACUCAGGAGUGGUGACAUUUAUUAAACAAGAAUGGAACUACAGAGAUGACCCAAUUAUGGUUGUUCUAGACACACAAGGAAACCUCUCAAACUUAAAUGCAUUAGAUUUGAUCUUUAUCUGGGGUGCUAAAGCAUACCCUUUUUCAAAUUCAAGAGAAAAAGAGCUUUGGGAAGAACAGAGCUGGAAUCUUCAACUUCUGGUAGAUGAAAUUGAUCCCCUAAUUACUAAUUGGGUGAAUGAAAACAGAUACAUCUGCAUUUAUGGAAGUGAAGACAUUGAUUGGAUACUAGAGUUUAACUCAAAGCUUAAGAAGAUUAGAAACUCAGGUCUUCAGCUGGAGAUGGUCUACGUGGGGACAAGGAAUGAAAGUGAAAAGAUACAGAAAUUUCUAUCUUUAAUUCAAGAGGAAGGUCUGAGAGACUCAUUAUUUUCUUUGUGUUUAACCAAAAGAAGGUCUUUCUGGCUUCGGUUAGAAAGUAUAAUAAGAUCAAAACUCAAGCUUGGUUACUCACUUGAUACAGAUCAAGCUCUACAAGAGGCUUCAGCUCUGGUCAAUAAUGAAAAUAGCAACAAGAGUUGGGUGGCUAUAGGGAGAGGAUCUUCAAACGACAUUGUUAGAGUUGAAGGAAGCAAAAUGAUGGAGUGCUUAAAUAGGUUUCUGGAGUGGGAAGCAAAAGUGGGAAAGUUGGGAUUUUUAGGUGCACUUAGAACAGCCAUUGACCCUCCACUAAGUGAUGAGCCUUGUGGUCAUGAAUCCAAAACCAUUCCUUAUGGGGAAGAAGAAGAAUUGGUGGAAGACAUGAGAGUUUGUGAAAAGUGCAAGCUACCAUGGAAGAAGUUUGUCAUUUAUAAAUAAAGUCAGUUAAGAGUUGUUAAUUUAGGCCGCUCUAAUUUCUGACUCUCGAAACAGAAUAAUUUGUUUUGUUAACGUAAUUUUUGGUUCAUAAAAUUAUGACAUUGAGUACUGAGUAUUCCUACUACUACACACUUAAAUAAUAAGUAUUUACAUAUUUAUUAA